UCCGCUCCAGGUUUUGCUGCUCCGCUCAUCGCAGCGUACUGACUCUCACCAGUCCAGCAUUGCUGUGCAAGCAGAUGUUCUUCCUCUGGUGCCAAUUCUUACCAUUUUCGCAUUUGGAGAAGGUUUUCUUUCGCACGAAGGCUGCAAAGUGACUAGAAGCAACAGAAACUGCCUCCCUCCUCGGCUCAGUGAGAGAGGGAGAGUUGUGAACGGAUAGCGGCUUUGGAGAAAUACAGUAGCAUACAGUAAAAAAAAAAAACACGGCGGCGAGCAAGGCAGCAGUUUAUUUACCACACCUGUGAUGCGUUGUUCAGAGCAACGAAGACGCACCGCCGGGAUACUGAUGGCCACGAUACGGCAGGAGGAUAUGUGUUGAGGAAAAGACUUGGGCGUUGUGAACAAGGCGUUAAGUGCUACAGAGGACACUCUUCGGACGUUAAAAAGCCCAUUGUGCCGGUGUUUCUUCUCUGCUCCCUGCCUUUUGAAACUUAAGCGAUAAAAAAAACACGAAGAUGCCCUUACUUCUGGGCCCCUUUGUCCGCUGUAGGUUCAGCGCUACGCUCCUUGUACUCUGGCUCGUCUUCGCCGGCUUCACCUGCACUGGCUCGGAGCACGCCACAGCAACGCUUCCCGCCGCCUUCAAUGACUUGUUACCUCACUUUCUGGUGGAGCCAGAGGAUGAGUUCAUAGUGAAGAACAAGCCGGUGACGCUGACCUGCCGCUCCACCCCGGCCACGCAGAUCUACUUCAAGUGCAACGGCGAGUGGGUUCACCAGGACGACCACUUGAUUGAGCGGACUAUUGACCCAGCCACAGCGCUGCCAAUCAUGCAGGUGACAAUUGACAUAACCAGACAGCAGGUGGAGAAGAUCUUCGGUCUCGAUGAGUACUGGUGUCAGUGUGUCGCAUGGAGCACCACCGGAACCCAGAAGAGCCAAAAAGCGUACAUCAGGAUUGCUUACCUGAGAAAGAACUUUGAGGAGGAGCCGCAGGGUAAAGAGGUAGCAUUGGACCAGGAGGUGUUACUGCGCUGCCAUCCCCCCGAAGGAGUGCCACAAGCCGAGGUGGAGUGGCAGAGAAACGAGGAUGUGAUCAACCCGGGGAACGACCUUAAUUUUUUCAUCACAACUGACCACAAUCUCGUCAUCAAAAAAGCACGGCUGGCGGACACAGGAAACUACACGUGUGUGGCCAAAAACAUCGUCGCUCGCCGCAAAAGCACCUCUGCCACGGUCCUUGUCUAUGUCAACGGCGGCUGGUCCACGUGGACCACCUGGUCGUCCUGCAGUGCUGUGUGUGGGCGUGGCUGGCAGAAGAGGAGUCGGAGCUGCACCAACCCCACGCCACUGAAUGGAGGCACAUCCUGUGAGGGGCAGAACGUCCAGAAAAGUGCCUGUGUGGCCACCUGUCCAGUGGACGGAGGCUGGAGCGAGUGGAGCAAGUGGUCGGCGUGUGGUGCAGACUGUUCGAUGUGGAGGAGCAGGGAGUGCACGCAGCCCUCGCCUGGCACCGGGGGAAAAGACUGCCAGGGGCUCGACCUCCAGUCUCUCAACUGUACCAGCGAGCAGUGCCCACAGACUGUGAGCGGGGCCGAGGACGUGGCGCUCUACGUGGGCAUGGUGGCGGUGGCUCUGUGUCUGACUCUGCUGCUCAUCGUAGUGGUCCUGGUGUACCGGCGCAAGAAGGAGGACCUGGACUCCGACGUGGCGGACUCCUCCAUCCUCACCACUGGCUUCCAGCCCAUGGGCAUCAAGCCCAGCAAGCCAGGUGUGUGGGCACCGCGGCCACGCAGGCCUCCCCCCCACAGCAAGAAUUCCCAUUUGCUCACCAUCCAGCCUGAUCUAACCACUACCACCACCAGUUACCAAGGCACCCUACGCUCUCGCCACGAUGCCACUGGGAAGUUUUCAAUGACCAACGGGCCUCUGCUGGACCCGCUACCCAACGGCUCGCACACUCUGCACAACGGCAAGCUGAAAUCAGACCCUGCUGAGUUUGUGAGCAGGCUGUCCAAUCAGACCUACUUUAAAACGCUGCCCCGCGAUGUAGCUAACACUUCCUACGGUACCUUCAACUUCCUGGGAGGGAGGCUGACGAUCCCCAGCACAGGAAUCAGUCUGCUCAUUCCUCCCGAGGCCAUCCCAAGAGGAAAGAUCUAUGAGAUUUAUCUCACUGUUCAGAGGAAGGAAGAUUUAAGGUUACCCCUGGCCGGCUGCCAGACCCUGCUCAGCCCCGUUGUGAGUUGUGGCCCUCCUGGGGUGGUCCUGAGCCGGCCAGUUAUCCUCAGCAUGGACCACUGCUCUGACGCAUGCCUCGAUAACUGGGCCGUCCGUCUCAAGAAGCAAAACUAUGAGGGCACUUGGGAGGACGUCCUACUGAUGGGGGAGGAGCUGGUGUCGGAGCCCUAUUACUGCCAGCUCGAGGCCGAGACGUGCCGGCUUUUCUCAGAGCAGCUGGGCACCCUCGCCCUGGUGGGAGAGUCCCUUCACAUGGGCGCUGCCAAGCGCCUGAGGCUGGUGCUCUUCUCAGACGCGUACUGCUCCACGCUGGAGUACAACAUCAGGGUCUACUGCAUGGACGACACACAAGACGUCUUCAAGGAGGUGAUGCAGAUGGAGCGGCAGCUCGGGGGUCGGCUGAUUGACGAGCCUCACAUCCUGCUUUUCAAAGACAGCUACCACAACCUGCGCCUGUCCAUCCACGACAUGCCCCAAGCGCACUGGAGGAGCAAGCUGCUAGCCGGCUACCAGGAGAUCCCAUUCUACCACAUCUGGAACGGCUCCCAGCGGUACCUGCAUUGCACGUUCACUCUGGAGCGGCUCAGCCUCAGCACCUGCGAGCUCACCUGCCAGCUGUGCGUGUGGCAGGUGGAGGGGGAAGGACAGAGCUUUAGCCUCGACUUCAACAUUGCCAAGGACACCCGAGCUGUGGACGCCGAGUUUCUGCUAAUGGACAGUAGCGCCACAGCUCUAGCGGGGCCCAGCGCCUUCCAGAUCCCGUACCUCAUCAGGCAGAAGAUCUGCAGCAGCCUGGAUGCCCCCUGUCCCAACGGAGCCGACUGGAGAAUGCUAGCACAAAGACUUAAACUUGAGAGACACAUGCGUUUCUUUGCAUCCAAAGCGAGCCCAACCUCUGUGAUCCUGGACCUGUGGGAGGCACAACAUUUCUACAGCGGCAACAUCAACCAGCUGGCCACGGUCAUGGCUGACAUUGGCAAACAAGAAGCCAUGAUAUUCCUGGUCUCUGAUGGCGAGUGCUAACCCAGAAAAGGGGGAGAAACUGGUGCAGAGGAAAAGUACAGAACACAACAACAACAGGAAUCCACGAGCAGAGCUGUCCCCAUGUCCCUCUUCUUCACUUUAGAAGACAUAAGGGUUUAUGUAGGAUUCAGUCCCUAUAUCCCACCUAACAGAGUCAAAAUGUUUAAAUGACAAACCAAAUGAGAGUUGGGGAGUGUGUGGGAAAUGUAUUCAUGAUCUCAGUAAAGAAAAAAACCUUAAUUUUCAUUCAAAAUUCAAAGUUAGGUUGGGCCACAUUAAUUCUACUUAACAUAACAUUAAAUUAAAUUCAUGCCUUUUGUAUAAAUAAAUAACCAUUUAUGGCUAAUAAGGAGCAAUAUGCAAACGUGAUGAUAUUACUGAUGCCAAUAUUGCAAAUGUAAUGAGUAAUCUUUAAAAGGGAUGUGCCAGUCAUUUCAGGUUAAAGAGAGCAGGCGACAUAUGCAAUUGGCAUGUUGGUUAUAUGACAUAAUCUCAGACACUGAACAGAUUUUCAACAUCAGGGUCCCUGAACGCCCCUUCCCAAACCCAGUGAUAUGUAGGUGUACGUUAUGUGUGUUAUCGUUUGUUAAAACGCAUCAGACAGCUUGUAGCACAUCCUGGAUUUGCAGGGUUUAAAUUAGAUUGUAUGUCAGAGGUCCAAAAACCCAAGUCAUCUUGUUUGCGUUUUAGUGCAGCCGGUAUCACUACUGUGAAUGUAACAUGUUGACAUCUUGAUUCAGCGAGACGCUUCACAGCUUCCCUGCUUCUAAAUCAAUGUUUGUACGGUUUGGGUUCUUUGAAAUCUUUGAGGGAGGAGGGAGUAAUAUCUUCACUAAAGUAAUGUUUCAGAAGCCAUUUCCAUUCGAAGCCUGUGAUAUUUAAUGCGUCCAGUUUGUUUCACGUCUUUCAUUACCCCCCAGCCGUCCAUUGUGGCGUUUCUAGUUUUGAAUUCCACCACUAAUGAAGGAGCCAUAGGGCCGAAAGGCGUUUCCAGCUGCAUAUAUGUGAACACUGAAUGUCGUCAAAACUCAUUUCUGAAAUGACAUUUUCCCCCCGAUUACAUUAAUUCUGUAGCAGAGAUGAUGUUUAACAUAAAAGCAUGGCCAAAAGGGUUAUUAUCCCAUUUGAAUAAUGCAGAGCACUUUCCCCACACAAAAUCUGACAACAAAUUCUUCAAAAUCUUCAGCAGAUUACUGGCGUUGAAAGGGUAGUUGUGUCGCUUUGUUUUUAGAAUUCAUAAAGCAAUGUUGGUGGGAAUUCUGUAUUUGCUGUGUGGCAAACAGUAUUUCCACAUCAAAGAAACACCUUUUUUUCCUUUUUGUUAUUUCUAGCCAGAAUGGCAAAAAAAAAAAAAAAAGAUCCAGCAGAUUAAUGCAACAAACUAUAUACUGCAACCACGUAUUUGCUUAUUAUAUUUUGCGACUUUGCAUUAAUUUACACAGUUAUUAUAAUUUCUUUAUUAAUGGAUUUGUCAAGGUCUGGCAACAUUAAUACACAGAGUAUCUUUAAAGUCCACUGUUUCAGUAAUAAUGCUUUUGAAAAGGUGCGAGCAAUCCCAAAUUAGCCAUAGUUCUCUCUCCGUCUGCCUCAGGGUUGCAUGUGAAGUCUGUUGAAGCUAUAACGAGAGCCCUUUUCAUUUAAUCCCUUCUUAUUCAAACAGCUAGCACAGCCCAUCCCACCAGCUCCUGUGGCUUCAACCUUUAACACUAACUGGAGCCUCUUUUAUGAUUGUCAGAUAUUUAGAAUGUACAUUUAUGUUUCCGUGUAGUGGGGGAAAAGUCUGUUUUCUGUUCUCCUUUUUUUUUUUUUAUAAAAUCUUAGACGUUACAUUUUUGUGUGGCAUCUCGGCUCCUGUUGGCCCUUUUUUCCCCCCCCCCCCCUCCUCUUAAACACGCCUCCUCUUGACCGACAAGUUUUUACAAGCCCCAGUACGAUUUGAUGCGGAGAUGCCAUAAAAUAUGUUUCCCUUUUUUUUUAAUUAACAAAAAAAUAAAAACCUUAGAUCAAGCCCCUUUCAGAUAAAAUGGCGAUAUCACCUUAUAUAAAUCUUUUCAUGUUGAAAUGGAUCAUAGUCACAUGUAAUAUGUAAAUACUUUUUCUACCAGCCGUGUGCUGUCACUUUGCAUACUGUAUAUCAGCAGAAUUGGUAACCAAAGUUUUAUGAGUAUCAUUUGAGGCCACUACAUCCUCACGUUGUAUCCAUUGAAUAUCGUUUGUUUUACCUGCAGCUAGCAUAGAAUAAGUCAGAGUUGCGGACUUAAAGUCCUAAAUCCUUUCUUUCUCUCAUUUCCUCGCUUUUGUCUUUGAGGCAAGUAAAUGCUGUUUGUUCAAGCGGUAAUAUGUGUCGGUUUAUUUUAUCACUUUGUAAAGAAAUGUAAAUUAUAUUUUAAUAUGAAGCCAAAAAAAGACACUUAACUGGCGCAGCAUUUGUCGAGUCUAAACCGUGACGUGUUUGCCUAUAUACUGUUCUUUGGCGAUCUAGCAGUGAAGACUUUUUGCAGUGUUAAGGGUUUAGAGACUGUUUUACAGGAAGUUUCUAUACAUAUUUUGUUCGUCCUUACUCUGCAUAUGUCUACCUGAUUAUUUCUCUAACUGUAAGCAUUUAAAUAAAAAGGUGGAAAUAGUCACUAAUGCUUAGUGAGUCACUACACUGGGACUGUGUGGAGGCUAAUUUGGGGAAAGAGGACAUCAGUUCUUGGACACAGCACGUUUAGAUGAGCCAUGGCAGUUGUACAGUCAGACCCUGUGUGAGUGUGUGUGUGUGUUUGUGUGUAUGUUUGUGAAAUUUUGUCACCGCAGUCAUUGUCUUAGAUGUGUUGUCGAAGCACAUUUCAGUAAUGUAAUUCACCAGCCGCCAGGAUGUUCAGCAUCUAUCUUCACAUCUAACUUGUCCAACAAAUCUGAAAUUACUGUUCGUGUGAUGAAUACGGUUCCCUUCAUGAAGUCUGGGCCUGAUGGUUGUGUAAGACUUGUCAGUAACGCACGCUUUCGUUCAAAGGGUUGAUGAGUUCAUUCCUGAGUUAUGGGUAAAAUUGUUACAUCUCACAAUUGUACUUUGUGUCACUCAUUACUAUUCAGUGUCAAGGACGUGUGAGUGAGUGAGAGACUGGAUGUGUGCAUACCCCCCCGUCACUGACUGAACAAUAGACUUCUGUACUUGUGAAUGGUUUUUCUAUUUAGUUCCUUGAUUCAAUGUUCCUUGCCUUUCUGCAAGUCAAAAAUGCUGUAUUUAUUACAUGCCACAGCGCUUAUGCAAUUGUAUAAUCCUUGUUUUUUUUUUAUCUUGUGUUCCUUAUCGUCAAUGUAAAUUGUUGUCAAAACUUGUGGCAAUGGAGAAUCUUCUGCUUCAGGAGGUUUUCUGUACUUUUUGGACAAUGGUAUGGAUUUGUGGGUAGAAUUUUGGAAAUUCGUUUCUAAGUGCUUUCAAGUAUUUACUUGGCCUUAUGUAUAUAUAUAUCUAUCUAUGACAUUUCAGAAAGGUAUGUAUAGUAAUUCAACCUGAAAUUGUUGUAAAUAAAUUAUAUAUUGUUAAA